UUCGAGCAGUCAUGCUAGUGUGAUCCCGGCGUGAAACCGUGUAGUCACUGCACGAAGCUAACAGCUAACAAGGAGCCGGAUUACAAAGUAAUCUGUCAGGAUCUUCUCUUCUGUCGCUGUCGGGAUUACACACAGCCUGCCUCACCAUGUCCAUCAUGUCGUAUAACGGGGGGGCCGUCAUGGCCAUGCGGGGGAAGAACUGCGUGGCCAUCGCAGCCGACCGGCGCUUCGGCAUCCAGGCCCAGAUGGUGACCACGGACUUCCAGAAGGUUUUCCCCAUGGGGGAGCGGCUCUACAUCGGCCUGGCCGGGCUGGCCACCGACGUCCAGACGGUAGCUCAGAGGCUGAAGUUCCGGCUGAACCUGUACGAGCUGAAGGAGGGACGGCAGAUCAAACCCAAGACCUUCAUGAGCAUGGUGUCCAACCUGCUGUACGAGAGGAGGUUCGGGCCGUACUACAUCGAGCCCGUCAUCGCCGGACUGGACCCCAAGACGAUGGAGCCGUUCAUCUGCUCCCUGGACCUGAUCGGCUGCCCCAUGGUGACGGAGGACUUCGUGGUGAGCGGGACCUGCUCGGAGCAGAUGUACGGCAUGUGCGAGUCUCUGUGGGAGCCCGACCUGGAGCCUGACGCCCUGUUUGAGACGAUCUCCCAGGCGAUGCUGAACGCCGUGGACCGGGACGCCGUGUCGGGGAUGGGCGUUGUCGUCCACGUCAUUGAGAAAGACAAGAUCACCACUCGAACCCUGAAGGCCCGGAUGGACUAACGCCUCACACACACACACUCACACACACAUUUUGUAUGAAAUGACUGUACUGUCUGUUUUUCUUAUGUCUUAUUGCUCAAUAAACCAGGAUAGCUUCAAACCA